AUGGAUCUGGAGACUGAAAAUCGAAUAGCUUCGAUUCUUCUAAGAGAAGCAGCAGAAUUGAGAAAACAAGCUGAAAAAGAAGGAAUUCGAGCAUAUCUUGAAAAGCCUAAUGUAAGGCAUCGACCUAACUCGAGAUUUCUCACUGCUACUGUUCUUGGCGUGCAGCAAGCAAACAAAGCUAUAGAAACCAGUGAGAUGUGGAAGCUUCGAAGUACAGAGAUUGAGUUUGACGAGAGGCUCAAAAGAAAGUCACGAGAAGAGAGCAGUAGUGGCCAGAGUGAGCAGAACAAUAGGAGGAGUUUUGUUAGGAGAUGCACUUCAGCUGAUGAGAAUGUUACUCGUUCUUCAUCAUCAUCAUCAAGCCAGAGCAGAUAUAAAAGACUGCAACCUGAAGAUGAUGAGGAAGGCUUAGGAGAUGUCGAGAUUGAGACUUUUCUCCAAUCAAGGGUCAAGCGUGGAAGAGGCUCUGUUGGUCCUAGGAUGAUGGAUGACACAUUCCCUUGUCGUCCUGAGACGGAGCUGUCAAGAACUUCUGAUAAAGGAGAUCGGAAGUUAGUGAUUCAGCCGGAGAGAUCGCCUUUAUUGAGACGCGAGAAGGAUUAUUCUUCUUCUUCUUCCGAGGAGGAGGUUCAUGGGCGUAGUCAGAGGAAAAGAAAGGAGCAUAAGAAGAAAAAACACAAGUCGAAAGAGAAGAAAAGGGACAGGAAGAAGAGAAAACAUCGUAGGGACUAG